AUGGACCUCUCUUGUGGCGCCAAAUGCAUCAAAUACCUCCUCUUCAUAUUCAAUGCGCUGGUGUUCGUAAGUGUUCUUUCCAUUCAUCUUCAAUAAUCUCCUACAAAAAUUCAAUGCAUUUAAGCAGAUAUUAAGCUUUACUUGCCUGUGAAUCCAUGUUGCUUGUCCUAACCAAGACUUGCAAAUUGCCCGGUAAAUAUGUUCAUUAUGGACCUUAUGUUGAGACGUGCACAUACUUAAGAAAAUUUGGCAGAAAGCUCAGGCAAUACGAAAUGCACAGUUUAUAUCAAAGCCACCUCCUGUAGAUAAUAACUGUCACUCUCUGCGUUGACGAAAGGCUACUGCUCUUACAAGCACCAUUAUUCGCAUUCUGUUCCAGAGUCCCCAUUUUCCUUCAAUUAGGCAUAACAGAACAACACUCCAAUGCUAUCGUUUAUACUAUUUUUGCAUGUUCCCUGAAAGGCAUAUGCGAAUUUUGAGUCAUUACUGACGGCGUAGCUGUUUUAACUUACUAGGCAGACUGAAAGUUCUAACGAAGCCGACGUACAAGACAGUACUUGUUGAGAACUGAGAAAUGCAGGGAAGAGGGGGUUUGCGCAGCUAAAAUUUUUCCCUGGCUUUUGCUAUGUCAAUUUGUUUUGUCAGUCUAGCAGCUCAUCCGUGCGUCUUUUGUUAACCAAACGAUUGUAAACUAAUGCGUUUUCGGGGCAGACACCAAGCUUUGCUUCACUGCCCCUACAGCAACUUAAUCGGUGAUAGACAAAGACAGAGCCUUGUAUCCAACAAAAAGAUCCAAGAGUAUCCUUGUCACGAAAUAUUCCGUAAAACCUAAAUGAAGGAUGGAGGCGUUGGAAGUUUAACAAGGGGCUUGUGAAAGAACUAAUUUCGAGGAAAGCACCCAUAUUGACAACCAACGUGUUUGUUAAUUGAGUGUCUUCUUGUAACUUGAUUACCAGAUCUAGUUGGAAGCACUUAUAAUCCAGAUAUGUUCUCCUAGCUUUAGAUAGGCUAUUCAUGAUAUAAUAUGUAUGAGAUAUGAUUGUGAUAAGUUGUUUGAGAUGUCAUCAGAGGGCGUAUAUAACAACCAACUCUUCCUUGUAUAUUGCAGUGAUAAGGUGUUGCGCGUGUCGACAAGGGCGUAAGACCAAAAACAUUGCCUUCUGAAUGUUGAACGGCCAAACCACAUAAGAACAUCUGUUAUGCCUCGUACAGUUCUAAAUGGCCAUAACUCAAACAAAACAGCAAACAAUAUGGGAGGUCUAAGGCACAGGUUGUAUUUAUAAUGGCACUUUUAUCGGACAUGGCUGUUCAUCCUAAUAUCUAACUUAAGUUUGUGUCAAGGCGAAUCCAUAUUCGGAUAGUGAUAAAAGUCUAGCGUACGAGGAAAAUUGCACGUAUUUCUUUAAAUAGGUAUGCUGCACGCCUUGCUUUAUUCAGGGGACGAGCUAGAGUGGUAUUCAGUGUGAUUGUUUUGCAAGCUGGCGUCUUUAAUAGUGACGAAAAUUGGAAUGAGAAUAUGAAUGGAGUGGAACACGAAGUAGGUCUCAUAAUAUAUGUGAGUUUAAUUAGUUUACUACUUCUUAUUGCAGAUUUUCGGCGCCGUCAUAACUGGAUUCGGAAUCUACAUGGUUGUGCAAUCAAGAAAUGAGCUUAAUGGCCAAGCAAUCGCCAUCCCAGCCUUCAUCCUAACCGUGGGCCUGCUUGUGUUUCUAAUAGGAUUCCUGGGCUGUUGCGGAGCCUGCAAGGAGCAUGUCUGCAUGCUAAAAACUGUAAUGCUUUCUUCAAUGAUUCUCAUGACUUUUGCUUAGUUUGCCGCAAUUAUCAUCAUUCUGCUGAUACUGCAAAUAAUUGCUGGUAUAUUAGUCUUUGUCUACAGAAGCAAGGUGAGAAUACCUUGUCCCUUGGAUAUGCCGAUUAAUCUCCCCUAACUCCAAAAUAGUUCACAACGGUGGUGGCAGAGGGCAUUGCUUAUCAGAUAAAGCACCUGGACUCACUUCCCGCAACAGAACAAAAGGAAACCCGAAAGGCGUUUAAUAAGCUCCAGCAAAAGGUAGGCUAGUGCAUUGUAAGAGCAUUUUUAUAUCCAGCUCAACUGUUGCGGAGGACACGGUCCCGAGGAUUGGGGCACGUCUGUUCCCCCUUCCUGCUGCAAAGGAGAAACUUCACCGUGCAAUACCCCAUACAAGCAGGUAAGCUAAAACACGAAAACCGUCCAUUUCGUCGUAGUUUUUGUAAUGGUAUACUAUUAAAUUUUUUAAUAAUACACAAGCACUCACAUUUAUCGACAUGCGGUCGAAAUUUCAGAAUUGGAUACUUAUUCUCACAUUUAGGGUGUAUAGAUAACGGUCCCUCAAGCAUGCAACGAAGACUUUAAUUCAGACAAACUAAUCUACUGCUUUCCUGUCAGAUAUCUUCUACUAAUUUCAUCCGAAUAAAUCAACACAACAGGCUGUUAAGACAUCAUCAAUCCUCACGUAGAGUCAGCGCUUUCCAUUUGAACACUAAAGUAUACUACUAGCUGCCUGUCGGCAGUUAAUGAGUAUUACACGGUUACCCGUAGUCGCUUAUGGACUUCGGCCCAGAUAUUCAUACGUAAAAAUCUCGGUCUGAGACUACAGACCCUGAAUAAACUGAUCUACUCCAAGUUCGUAGUUAAGUUCUGAGGAAAUUACAAAGCGACAUUUACUAAGUUAAAUGUCCUUCUUAUUUCUGCAACAACUUGUCAAACACAAAGUUAAAUUGGCAAAACUUUCGACGCCAUUGUUAAUCUUAUUAACUCUUAUAACUCACAGGACGCACGUUUGUACCGUUUUUUUCUCCAACAGGGCUGCGCAAAAGCCAUGUACGAAAUGAUAAAGGACAAAGCUUUAAUCAUCGGAAUUAUCAUCGUUGUUAUGGCGAUCAUCCAGCUUGGAGCAGUCAUUUCAGCCUGCUGCCUGGCCAAGAAAAUUGGCGAGUAUGAAAAGGUCUAG